UUAGUGCUCAUUCACUACAAAGAUACCGAUCAACUACAGAACAGAAGAACUUUCAAGUUUCAAUCUACGACUAUAACAAGUUUUUAUUUAAGAGAAUUAAACAGCAGUUUCAAGAUGGCUGUACCAAACAAGCAGAAAAAACGGUCUUCUAUGAAUUUCGAGGAGAAGGCUGUGAUCAAGCGGCAGUUUUCAGAGCGAACACUGAUGGCAAAUGAGCUAGAAAACUCUCUGCAUCUGGGAAAUGCAUCCCCUAGAGUUAUGCCAGAUCAAGUGCCCUCCCUAUCCCCAAAAUUCGAGCGGGCACAAACCAUAGAUUCGGACAAUUCCUUCUUUCUUGAUAGUAGAGUUUUCGAGAAGAACUCCUCGACCAAGGAAUCCAAGCCCGAUAUCGAACGCGAACGUUCCUCCGAACCAGAGCAAGAAGACCAUUGCCUGAGCGAAGACUUGGGGAAUACAGACGUGUCAUUCAGCCACGUACAGGUGGUCGAUGUCCCGAUCAUUCCUGAAAACACUCAGACGACGGAAGCCGAGGAGGGCGUCGAGGAGGAGGGGUGUGACGAACCCGAUGGCCUCGGGAAAUUAUUGGGCAAAAUAGGCCAUAAAAUUACUCAAGUAGUUGAUCGUGUGAUGCCACAUCAGCACCAUCAUCAUGAUGAAAAGUACUAUGGCCUGGAAGGGUUCAAUGUUCAUCUACCAGCUCGUUUCCAUCAAUUCGACACUCCAUGCCCGUUCGGUGCUCGUCUCAAUAAAUCGGAGGAAGGCUAUAAGCUUGCCGAGGUACUCGUCGAUACAGCAGCGUACAAGGCUGGUCUAAGAGAGUCUGAUACACUCACCCAUCUCAAUGACAGAGAAUUACACACGUUAGACAUCAGUGAGAUUGUGGAGCUCUUCAUGGAUAUUGAGAUAACGUUCACAUUGACAAUUCUGAGAAAAUAUGGAGAAGGAGAUAAGGUUCAUCUCGAGAAGACAACGAUACGGGUCACCAUAGAUGAUGGAGUUCUAGUGGAAAUAGUGAAUACGGAGAUCGUUUGCAGUCAAAGGCCCUACAAAGUUAGCACAUCAGCACUGUCUUUCAUCUGUCAAGAUGAAGAUGAUGUUCCUCAGAUCUAUCUCAAUACUUCAGGAGAAAUAGUGACGAUGGGAAAAUACAUCGAUCAAAGAGCUCACUUCUACUUGGACUUCUAUGUAGUCAUAGGCCAUCAGUCACAGGGCCAACUCUGUGCAAUACGUCAUGCUAACACCAGUACACUAUACGACGCAGUACAGAACAACAUGAAGCCGCUGAAGGAUCCUUAUAAUCCCGAUCUAGCAUGUAUGCUUGACAAGAUAGCAAGAAGUGAUGGCACUUUCGUGUUCGAGUCAGUGGAGCGUCAAGGUCAUUACCUAGUCUAUGAAAGGACUACAGGAACACUUAAGUUGUCUCAAUGCGUGAGUCUAAGUUCAGUCCCUUCUAGCGGCUCUUUCGAUGUCACUGGUGUCAAAUCCUCAAGGGUGUGAUCAUCUACAAGGUUAUCAUCAAGGUCAUCAUCAAAGUCAUUGUCAAGGUCAUUGUAACAUUCAAUUUCAUGAGCGUUGUCAGGAGUAACACGAAUUGUUUUAGGUUCUUGUAAAUAAUGUGAUCUGUUGAAGUUUCGGGUUGCAAAUCCAAGUCUGACAUAGCGUAGGCACACGAAAUAUGUUGUCACAAAUUUGGGUUCAUGCCACCUUGCCAAAUAUUGUACCACAAACGUACCUGUGAACAUGUGAGAAUAUUCCUUUUUUUUUCAUUCACUUUGCUUUUCGCUUAUUCUGUGGCUAAGAAUGAAGAACCUGAUAUACUAUUAUUCCAAUGAUAUAUGUCAGUACCUACAGAUGCUCCCUUUAAAAUGAAUUGACAGAUUUGUAGGAUACAUGUUAUUAAUUGCAAUAUUGAAAGUUGAAUCGGAAUUCGGUGCUUAAAGACUUUGGUGGAAAGCGCUUUAUAAGCACCGUUUUUAUUAUUAUUGUGAUUAUUAUUAAUAUUUAUUUGCUGAUCAUUAACAUGAUUGCAUGGUCACACGGUUAGAAAAGAUACGUAAAAUGUAAUUAAAAUAAAGGGGCCUCCAGGCAGAAAAUACAUCAUUCGGUAUUUUCGUACAUAACUUAGUUUAGGUCGUUGGUUCGAUCCCCGGCCGCGUCAUACCAAAAGACGUUAAAAGAUAGGAGUUGCUGC